AUGCAAGGCCUUUGGGUUUCGGUUGAGCGUGUUGUUCGCUGGUGCGCUGAUUAUCGUCUCGUGCACCCAAUGCGACAAGCAGAACGUGGACGGAACAGCACCUUAUUGGCUGAGGGCUGUCCAGUGAAGUGCGAAGACCCUCCAUCGUUGAAAGGAAGCUCGUGAAAUUCCUGGGAUUCGUAUCUGGCCCCGGCACCGAAUUCCGAUGAGACGACAUCCCUCGACGACCUUGAGAAACCGGAGGUCCCAUCCUUGCUUCCCGAAUACUGGCAAAUUCCUGUUGAUCUGGAACAAAUGGAUCCCAGAUGGAUCGAGUUCAUUACCCCUUGUGACGAUAAUUCAAUCACCUGUUGA